AUGAAGAUAUCUUGGCUUGACAUCUUUGAUCUCAACGCAGACGACGACUUGCAGCCCGACAACGCUUCGUCUGCCUCUUCGGAGGACGACAAACAUCCUGAACCCUCGACGUACUCGUUGCAUACCCUGCAGAAUCAGCCUGCAACUACAAAGCUAUCCCUCGGCAGCCGACUCGUCAGAGCUGCCCUAGGAGCGUCAUCCCCUCAGCCCCCGGUCGCUCAGAGACCGCCGCAACAGCAGCUAUCGCAGGCAGCACAGAAGAAGAAGAACCGCAUCUCCAUCGGCACCGAGAUCCACUUCUUCCCUGACGAGGUCCCGAUCUCACAGCAAGCGCAACCUGAAGAGGACUGGGAGCGCAUCGAAGCAUACCAAGCUAGGAGGAGCAUCGACCAGGUCCGCGAAGAGCCAGAGCUCGAAGCGGACGAGAUCAGUCAGCCAGCACAAGCUGCCGAAGUACCUGAGCAGAACGUGUUCGACUUCGAAAGGCCCUUGCGUAAAGUACAGUCAGAUCCAGCCUUCUGCCGCGCAUCUGCUGCCAGAGAAUCAGACACGGUCGAAGGCGAGAUGCCGCUCGACUCCAUCUUUGCACCUGCUCUUGUGGCAAAAACCACGGCGGCAGCACCUGUCGUGACCAGCAAUGGUGUUGCGCUCGGGUUGUCCUCACCCCACGCGAAUCGAUUUGCUGCUUACCUGCCUUCUCCUGCGGCAUCGCUAUCCUCAUCGGCCUCGUCUGUAUUCCAAGGCGCCCCUGUGAGCUUGACUCAGCAGACUCUCGACGAUGAGAAUUUGUCAGACAUGGAGGAAGAUCUCCUCCGUUUCACUGAUAAACCGUCUCUCUCUCACAAGUCAUCAUCGACCUCGAUCGCGACCGUGCGACCGUCGCAGGCUCAAUUGCAAGCGUCCCAGAGGUCAGUCGCGGACGACGGCAGCCUCCGUGCAAGCAAAGGCUUCUCAACAGCCUUGCUCGGUCUGUCCAAUCUGCCCGGCCUGAGCACACCACCCGUCUCGCCUGUCUUGCAGCAAUCAGAUGUCACCUCAGAGCAAGAGGACCAACCUUCCCAGGAAGCCGGUUCCAACUUGGCAGGCGCAUCUGGCUCGGGUGCGCUCGUCGGCCUUGGCCUGGAUCUCGAGCGGACUGCAUCUCCUCCGGAGCACAAUGCAGUCUCUGCCCCGCGUUCGCCGGCGAAAGCUCACGGUCGGCGCAAGACGGAAGAGCGAAGACGCGACAAGAGUAGGCGAAGGAGGCGGCAAGCGACGCAGGAAAGCUUCGACGGGCAGCCGCUGUAUACUUAUGAGCCUCAGCUAGUAUCACCACGUCGUCUGGCAUACGAGCCGCAGUACUACGACUCGCCAUCACGAUAUGCGUACCCGGAGCCGCAGUAUGACGAGACAAUGCUCGCGUACGGUCAAGAUCCGAAUCAACAGUAUUGGCAAGCGUAUGAACCAUCUUAUUACCCUCAGGAAGAGAUGUUCUAUUCCGCCAUGCCUCCGCCUCCAAUGCCGCGUAACGCGCCUCGGCCACAUCGUCAAGACUUCGAUCGAUACGUUCCACGCGAGCCAGUCGUCCGUCGUCGGGCGAGCGUUGACUUUUCGGACACGGAGAUGGGCAAGACGAGCGGUCGACGGCCGCAUGCUAGACGACAAGCGACUGCGCAAGGUGUCUUGCAAAGGCACGUCGAGGCGCAGAGCCACGCGCCCGAGAGGCCGCUGGCGUUGCAACCAUCGCCCGACAUCGUUCCGGCCGCUCAAGCAGAUCCGGCGGCCAGGGCGAGAGCACGCGAUGCACUGCGCGAACAAGCGUACGCUCGCUUGACGCAGCUAUCACGCACGAAUCGCCCGCAUGUCUCCUCACCCUUGUACGAUACGGACAAUGAUUCCACCUGUCCGGGAUCGUCCGUCAUUAAGCCAUUCGACCAAGCGACGUACAGCUCGAUGGAAGAAAUGCUUCAGCAGAUGGGCUUCAAGGAUUCGCAAGCCGCCAGUCCCAAAACGCAUAAGCAGACGACCUCCAUUUCGACCAUGGCAUCUCUGCCCACUUCGCCCAGGUCUCCAACGGGCGGUCAUACUCGUCGACAGUCGAUCCAGGACCCUACCAAUACGCCACCAUCCAGCGUUGGUAACGUUGGCGGAUUGAGCUAUCGCAAGGGUGAAGCAGCAGAUGCGAAGCGGCUCCGCAACCGUCCUUCGCUCAUGUCACUCGGCGGCAUCUUCUCACUACUCGGAGGCGUGCCCGAGGAAGACGCGCAAGAUUCCGGUGCUGCUCACCGUCGCAAAGUGCCGCAAACGAAGCCGCUUCUGCUCGUUGACACGUCAAUCACCGCCGUACCAAAGACGGGUCGCGAAGUCGAAUCAAUCGACCAGCUGAAGAUCUUGCGCACUUCGGAAUGGCUUCAGCACACCGUUGCAGCAUCUCAGGCAGCAAGGAAGCCAGACGGCUCUAGUCGUGAUGACGAAAUGCAUGCGCCGCCCGAGCGAAGAGGAAGUGGUCGGCUUUCAGCCCGUACAAAUUCUUCAGCGACGCUUGUCAGAUUGAGCGGUGAAGAAGACUCUCAAGACGAGCUGCUCGACAAAGGAGCAAUCAGCAUUGCUGCCUCGCCGCCUUUUGCUGCCCAUUCACAGGUCUACAAUGCCAAGAGCGCGACGGUCGUGCUCAGCUCAGGCCAUCAGACGAGCACACUCGAUGAUCCCAAACAGAUGGGCAGCGACUUCCUCCAUUUCUCACAAAUUGCGCGACCUGGUAUGGGCCGUCGGGAGUCUGUCGAAUCAACGCACGAGCUGCAUAAUCGACCUAGUGCGCCUCCAUCGCCAACAGCGAGCGAGCGAACAUCCUACCUUCUCAAGACACUGAGGCGUCAUGCGUCGGAAUCUGUCUUGCACCGACCGCCUCGAGCUACCGGGGCAUUAGAUAGCGACGACGAAGUGCCCACGAUCGAGACAGAUUCGCCUGGAGCGAGCAAGCCAUUGCGCACGGUUUCGCAGCCUCUGCCAAAAUUGCUGCGACGCGCAGCGACGUAUGCUCAUUUGCGCGAAGCAGCUCGCCCCUUGCUCAGACGCAACAGCGCACAAGGUCAGACAUCGCUGCCCAUUCUGCCGUCAGUCGCACGCGUCGUGUGUGAUACGACUCCCGCGACAGCAGAUUCUGCGGCCAGCGACACGACUUCCUUGUCAGAAGUGUCAUUCGAGGUAUCGCCCGAAAAGGAAUCUCAGGCGUCCUCGCACGCUUCGGUCGAUGGCGAGCCCGUGCCACCUCAGGAACAUCGCCUCAAAGCCAAGGACUCGCUUCAGAAUCUGCUUGCAAUGCCUUGCGUCACAGUGAGCAACACGUGGGCGCGCAAGAAUGUUCGCAAGACAAUCGCAACGCCGCCGCCCGUGAUCGUCAUCUCCAAGCCGGACACCGACGUCUGGACUGGCAAUAUCUGA